CUUGCCAGAGAUCUUUGGAUUUACGAAGUAUAAUGUCCUCUUUACCUGUUCGCCGCAGCAUGUCUGGCUCCAAGGUUUGCCGGAGUCCUCUAACUAAGCUACCAAUAUGCCUAACUAGCGGCGGUCAGGUCUUAUCCUCUGGCUGCUUUCUUCUUCUUCUUCUUCUUCUUCUUCUUCUUCUUCUUCUUCUUCUUCUUCUUCUUCUUCUUCUUCUUCUUCUUCUCCUCCUCCUUCUUCUCCUCCUCCUUCUUCUCCUCCUCCUUCUUCUCCUCCUCCUUCUUCUCCUCCUCCUUCUUCUCCUCCUCCUCCGUAGCAUUCGUAGCUCUUAUCUGCACGCCAUCUCAUAUCAUUAUCUUGAGAAUCGUCAUCUCUGCCUCUCCCUUAUUCAUAUUUUCAGUAACAAUCGUCCACAACAUUACCAUCUUCAGCAUCUUCAGCAUCUUCAAUUUUCGUCGAACUUUUGUCAAUUAAGGUUGUUCAAGACAGAAAACAUUCGUAUGGCCUCUAUCAAGCUAAGACUAUGGUGUCGAUCAUUGAGUCGUAAAAGUCCAACCGCUGGAAUUGCCGAAGUUGAUGGCAACGCUGCUGUCCUAGUGUACAUUUCGUGAUUGUUGGCUUGGUGUCUCGCUCCCAGGUCCGUCUUUGACAACCAGCUUUGCAUGUCAGGACAACUACGGGCCUCGACCAAUCUCUAGCUUCACCUAUGCACGCAUAAUUCACUCUUUCUUUUGGGCGCGAAAGAUGUUCC